GGACCCCCUCACUCCAUGUGAAACGCCCCUGGAGGGAGAAAAAAAGCGUGCCCAUGCGUUCGCCCCGCCCCUUCGCGUGACGUCACCCCUUCACAUCUUCUCAGUCUCCCGUCAGAACGGAGCGGAGCGGCCGCGCGGCUCUUCUUUCCCGGGUCUCAGUGAGCGGAAAACUUCGACUCCUGCCUCUCGGUCUCCGCUCGAACCAAGUCUUCUGGGUCGGAACUUUUGGACUCAUGACUCCCCGGCGGAGCGGCGGAGGGGCAGAAGGAGGGCGGCGGGGGCUCCGCAGGCUCUCCCCCGUCUGAGAGAUUAAAAUCUGCCACUGAGCCAUCGGUUUUCCUGAUACCGGCCAUGGCUGCCCACCGAAUCGUCCGAGCGAACUUCGUCCUCCCCCGCUGCAAGUCCGAGGGGGCGCUCAUCGACCUCAGCGACGGGGUCACCGGAGCGAGCCUCAGCGAUGUCAAAGUGCCUUCUCCCAGUGCCUUAAGGCUGGACACUCAAGACUCCUUAGGAGAUGCACAAGAAGUGGUUGCUAUCAAGGACUACUGCCCGAGUAGCUUCACCACGCUCAAGUUCUCCAAAGGGGAUCGCCUCUUUGUUCUGGACACUUCGGGUGGGGAGUGGUGGUACGCCCAUAACAACACAGAAAUGGGCUACAUUCCAGCCGCCUACGUCCAGCCGAUCAACUUCAGGAACUCGUCGCUGAGUGACAGCGGUAUGAUCGACAGUGUUGGGGAGGAUUAUGGGUCAAAAGAGUUUGGAGGUCUCGGGGAGUGGAUGGACGUUAGCCUAAAACCCAUACACAACAAUGGUCGUUUGUCCCUAAACCCCUUUGUAUCGACAGUAGAUCAGAAUUGCAAAGACGUCAGGAACUCAGCAGAUCUGAUUCUUUUUGACUCCCUCGCCUCACCGUCAUCGUAUUCCAACACCAGUCUUAUCACGAACAACGGCUUCAACAGCUGUCAUAUCAAUAAUGUCAACCCUGCCAGCCCCAACCAGGAAUCAGCAACUGAAUUCCAAAGAGACAAUCCAUUUUUUAAGAGUAAGCGGUCCCAUAGUCUGUCAGAACUAUCCGUUCUCCAGGCGCAGUCAAAUCCGGCCUUACCUUCAUCCGGAUACUUUACAGGCCUUCAGGCUCCUUCUCCGGAGCAGUUCCAGAGCAGAGAGGACUUCAGAACCGCAUGGCUAAACCACAGAAAGCUCGCCCGGUCCUGCCACGACCUCGACUCUUUGGGUCAGAGUCCUGGGUGGGGUCAGACGCAACCUGUAGAGACCAACAUCGUGUGCUGUUUGGACAGUAACGGAGGGGUCGUUCAGCUUCCAGACACCGGCAUCAGCGUGCACAUCCCGGAAGGCCAUGUUAGCCACGGAGACCACCAGCAAAUCUCCAUGAAAGCCUUACUGGACCCCCCUCUGGAGCUGAACAGUGACCAUUGCUCAACUGUCAGUCCGGUGGUGGAGAUCAAGCUCAGCAACAUGGAGACAAAGUCAUUCAUUACUCUGGAAAUGAAAGUAUCAGUGACAGUGAAGAAGGAUGCCUGUCAUCCGGCGGAGGUGCUGUGCGUCCGCAGUGACUGUAAGGAAGGCCCUUACAACCCCAUUCCCAACGCCUACAUUUACAAGGAUACAGUCCAGGUGCAGCUGGAUAGUCUGGAGCCUUGCAUGUAUGUUGCAGUUGUGGUCCAGUUGCAUCCCCUCAGUCACAGUAGGACAGUUUGGGACCAAGUGCAAAGGAAAGUCACGCUGGGUGUGUACGGACCGAAGCACAUCCACCCCGCGUUCAAGACUGUUGUUGCCAUGUUUGGCCACGAUUGUGCGCCUAAGACUUUGUUGGUAAACGACGUGGGACGCCAAAACACCUCGACUCCCCCGGUGGUCCUGCAUCUGUGGGGGAAGCACCAGUUUGUGUUGGGAUUCCUGCAGGACUUGCAGAUUGGAUUGUACUCCAACAUGUCCAACUAUCAGGUAAAACCGAGUGAGGGCGCCGGUGUGGUCCGGGGGUUCCAGUUAAAACUGGGGAAAGUUAGCAGGCUCCUCUUCGUGAUCACAUCUCACAACCCCAGCAGCAUCUCAGAUUUCACUCUCAGGGUCCAAGUCAAGGACGCCCUCGACUGCAUCCUGACCCAGUUCUGCGUCCAAACUCCGCAGCCGCCCCCAAAAGCCGGAGUCAGGGUCACAGGCCAAAGAAGGUUCCUAAAAAAGAAAGAGGUGGAUAAAAUUCUCUUGUCGCCGUUGGCCGUUACCUCGAAAUACCCGAAGUUCCAGGAUCGGUGCAUCACCAGCCUGAAGUUUGGCAAGCUGAUUAAAACAGUGAUCCGACAGAACAAGAACACCUACCUGUUGGAGUACAAGAAGGGGGAUGUUCUAGCUCUGCUCAGCGAGGAGAAGAUCAAACUGCGAGGACAGCUGCGGACUAAGGAGUGGUACAUUGGAUACUACCAGGGAAAGUUGGGACUCAUUCACGCCAAGAACGUCUUGGUACUGGGUAAGGUCAAACCCAUUUACUGGUGCGGGCCUGAUCUUACAACCACUAUGCUUCUGGACCAGAUCCUGAAGCCUUGCAAGUUUUUUACGUAUAUCUACGCAACCGUGAGGACGGUUUUGAUGGAAAAUCUGGGAAACUGGAGAGCGUUUGCCGACGCGCUUGGAUAUAGUAACUUGCCACUGAACUACUUUUGUCGAACUGAGCUCGACAAUGAACCAGAGAAGGUGGCAUCGGUUCUAGAGAAGCUCAAAGAGGAGUGUACCAACCUGGAGAACAAGGACAGAAAGUCUUUCCAGCGGGAACUCAUGAUGGCGCUGUUGAAGAUGGACUGUCAGGGGCUGGUCGCGCGGUUGAUCCUGGAUUUUGUCUUGUUGACCACGGCGGUGGAGGUGGCGCCGAGGUGGAGGGAGCUGGCUGAGAAACUGGCACGAGUGUCGAGGCAGCAGAUGGAAGCGUACGAGGCUCCACAUCGAGACAGGAACGGAGUCCUGGACAACGAGUCGAUGUGGAAACCGGCUUACGACUUCCUGCUGACGUGGGCCGCCCACAUCGGGGACAGCUACCGGGACGUGAUCCAGGAACUCCACCUGGGCCUGGACAAGAUGAGGAAUCCCAUCACCAAGAGGUGGAAGCACCUAACGGGGGCGCUCAUCCUCGUCAACUGCCUCGAUACCCUCCGAAGUGCUGCCUUCUGUCCCAUCGGAUACGGAGACUUUGCUGUCUGAACUGUUCUUUUUUAUUUAGUAUUCUACAACUGAUGGAGACAUCCGUGGAUUUCUUUGAGGUUAAUCAGUUUACGGCGACAGGAAUGGUCUUUUCAAGAAGUCAGGUGAACUGGGAAUCUUUAGGGAAAAACCAACAUAACCAAAGUAUAAAAUCAGUCUUUUAUUUUAUUUUUAUUUUUCUUUCAUGUUUGUCUCCCUACACUUUCCUAUGGAGUUAUUUUAAACUUCUUUAACAUUCCCCUCAUGCCUCCCAUUCGUCCUCCUUGUGUUCUCUCUCUUCUUCGCCCUCAAGAAAACAUCAGACACCUCAGUCACUUCAAUCCCCAAAAAAAUAGCUCUCAGCGGCAUCUGGAAAAGUUGGUAGGACUUUCAUACAGAACUUUGUCUUUCAUCCAUAAAAGAACCUUUUUCUUUACAUCAUUUCAAAAGUGACUUUUUUUGUCAAAUCUUGUGGGAUACUUCAUGACUGCUUAGAUGCGUUGGAAGGCGUCUGUAUUGCCGUUAAGGGUGUAGCCUCCCUAUUGCUCCAUACACAUAUGUGAUGAACGUUCAAGAACGCGUUGAACGCUGAUUCUCAAACAUGAUUUUAGCAUGUUCGCACUGGACUGUCGGUUCCCAAUGCAGCACAUGUUGAAAGUGGCUUGGUGUGAAACGUCCAAAUGGUGCAAAUCUCGUAAAUUCUUGCUCCAGGCUUUUUCUUUCACAGCUCUAUUCCAGAAGAAAGACCAAUUAUCCACUUAUUUGUCAAAGUUCAAAUAGGGUUGACUUUCAUUUUAUAUGUAGGGCGACACUUGACUUGCGACACUUUGUCGCUGUCGCUUUGUCUGUACUACGUAUAGUACAUCUGAUGAGCUUCUUUAUAUCCACAUCCUCCAACCGUCUGAUUGGAGGAAUGUUGUAUGAACCUCUCUCAGAAGACCCAACUUCUUAUUCUUUAUCUUGGUCUUUUAAGUAAAUAAUCCGAAAUACUUUGGAAAAAAAACAAUUGUCACCCUCUAGACGUGACAUUUCCUUCCUUCUUUGUUGUUGUUGGGGUUCAGAAGUCAACUUGGAGACGUUGAUUUAAAUUUAUGAAAAAGUCUAAGAAGAUCUCGCUUUCUUUAGUGCUGAGACCAAAUAACCUUGACGUAGGUCCAAGAUCUCAACACCCGUUUAAAAAAUUUGAUAAAUAAACUUUUUAAAAAGUUGUCAAAAAAUAACUGGUUUCCCAUUCAAACAAGUGAAAAAAUAUUUUUUAUAUUAUUGAUAUUAUUUUUUAUUUUAAUCAUGAUGUUUUGGCACAUCUGGUUUCAAAAACACCACAUGAAGGCGUAAAAUGGUUUCAUUUCUCAGAUGUGAGCUGUCGAAUGCAGUCUGACACUUGGCCUCUAGAUGGCUCCACAUUCUACAUUUUCUUUAAGGAAAACGGGGAAAACUAUCAAAGAAGGCUAUUUUUUUUUUUUGGUAAAAAAAUAUUUAUGUUUGGGAUAUGGCGAGAAUAUUCAGUUAGUCUUGUUUUAUGUACUGUUGAUUUCUCUAGUUUAUUCUUGUGUUUGGGGUUUGUGACCGCUGCAGUGUUUGAAUCAUAAACAUGAGCUGAACAAAUUUCUAUAUUUGUACUGAAUGCCGGUCGAGUAUUGAUAUAUUUAUAGGUUGAUGUUGUAUCAGCUGUGACUGUUAGCAGGUCAAAAAUCUGAUCAGUGUUUUUCCUCAAAGAAAAAUAAAUAAUAUCAAAAAAAUCAAUAAAUCAAAGCUUUUGAAGAAAAAAAAGUGUUUUUGUCCAUCAAAUUCAUUAACUCAUUUUACUGUAUCAU